UCACAUUAUGAUACAAGAUGAGAACUAGGUUUAUUUAUAUUUUGAUUAUUGUUAUUUCAAAAGCAACAUCACAGUGGCCUAGAUCAUUUCAACAAUCGUGGCCUACACAUCCUCCUCAAACCGGACAACAUCAACAGUGGAAUAACCCAUAUUGGAAUAAUCCACACCAACAAUGGAACCCAAAUACAAGGGCAUUUCAUCCAGUUGCUCCUGUUACUACAACAGUUAUAGUUCCAACAACAGAACCACCAGAUAAUCCACCAGUUAUGGUUGUCCAAGCUUCACUACCUUCUACCCAAUGGCAAAACCCAGGAUGGUUUCCUCCUGCAAACCAAUUUCAGAAUGGAUGGGGACAGCCAGCAGGUCAGAUGCACCAGCCGACAACGGGACUUAAUAGACCAAUACAGAUACAACGACAACACACGAGACAGACACUACCAAAUCCUCAACAAGUUACCCAAUGGGGACACCGACACCAACAGCAAUCACAGUGGCAACAGCCUAGACCACGCCACAAAUCCUUAUGGGAUACAUCAAAUCAUCAGACAUGGUAUCAAACUACACAACAAACACCUGUGCAUCGUCGUCCGUCAUGGCCGCAACAAGGACAACAACCUAACAGGCAACACAGGAAGUCACAGGGUAUCCAAAUACGAAAUGGAAAUAAUCAAAAUCCCCAUUUUAACUGGCAACCUCCUAAUCACCAACGACCGACAGUGGUUCAAAGAGGCCAACCACAGCAACAUAGACAACCACCAUCGCAACAAAGACAACCACCUCCUCAAAGUCACCAUGUGCAACCACAAAGAUCACACAUGAAUGUUGACCAGAAUCAUCAUCAGAGAUUACCAGAUACACAAACAUAUCAUGAAACUAACGUUGUACAUCAGAAUGAUCAACCUCAUGGAAAUCCUCAACAUUAUAAUCCCCAUGAAUACAGAGGUACUACGACACAAACUCCUUACAUAGAACAAAAUGCUUUACAGUCACCGAGGUCAACAACAACAACUCAUCCCGAUAUUCCACCGGAAAGAGAUUAUUACAUUCAAUCACAGCUAGGACCACCCGAGACGGUGACAAGCGAUCCAAGUGUAAGGGUUCAUAAAUCUCUUACUAAUGAUGCUUUAAAUCAUCCACCAGUAUGGCCAGUGGAUCCGUAUGAACAUAAAACAACUACUGCAACCUAUCACCAUAAUGCUGCCCAACAUCCAGGUCAAGAUCCGAGAUAUGACCCUUCUUCCAAAAAAAAAUCGCAGACGGAACAUUAUAAAGAACAGCACAACCACCAGCCUCAUCAACCAUAUAACCAAGAACCUUCUAAAACACAUGCUAUAACUGCUACUUCUGCCCCUGUCCACCCACCGCAGGAUAUAGGACAACCGUUGCCUGCACAGUCACUGCAAGAUACAGGAUCACAGUUGCCUCCUGACAGACAACACAAAAGAACACCAUUAUUUCGUUACCGUACAAACGAAAAAAAAUCACCGCAUUCUCAUGGCCAACAAGAUGAUAUUAGACCACCUUUGUCUGCGUAUCCGCCACAUGACGUAGAAUUACAACCGACCCAUCAUCAACAUGACAGGAGACCACCAUUGCCUGCUAAUUCGCCACAUGACGUAGCAUCACAACCGACCCAUCAACAACAUGCCACGAGACCACCAUUUCCAACUUAUCCGCCACAUGGCGUAGGAUCACAACCGACGCAUCAGCAACAUGACACGAGACCACCAAUGCCUGCUCAUCCACCACAUGACGUAGGAUCACAACCGACGCAUCAGCAAGAUGACAUGGGACCACCAAUGCUUGUUCAUCCACCACAUGACGUAGGAUCACAACCGACGCAUCAGCAACAUUAUAUGGAACCACCAAUGCCUGCUCAUCCACCACAUGACGUAAGUUCACAUCCGACGCAUCAGCAACAUGACACGAGACCACCAAUGCCUGCUCAUUCACCACAUGACGUAGGAUCACAUCCGACGCAUCAGCAAGAUGACAUGGGACCACCAAUGCCUGCUGAUCCACCACAUGACGUAGGAUCACAACCGACGCACCAGCAACAUGACAUGGGACCACCAAUGCCUGCUCAUCCACCACAUGAUGUAAGACCACAUCCGACCUAUCAACAACAUACCAUGAGACCACCAUUGCCUAUUCAUCCACCACAUGAUGUAAGACCACAACCGACCUAUCAACAAAAUACCAUGAGACCACCAUUGCCUACUCAUCCACCACAUGACGCAGGAUCAAAACCGACCCAUCAUCAACAUGCCAUAAGACCAUCAUUUCCAAAUCAUCCUCCACAUAUUGUAGGAUCACAACCGACGCAUCAGCAACAUAACAUUGGACCACCAUUACCUAUUCACCCCCCUCAAAGCACAGCAUCGCAAUUUUCUCCUCAUCAUCAAUAUGAGACAGGACCACCAUUACAGGCUCAUCCAUCACAUGACAUAGGACAACCAUUACCUCCGCAGCUAUCACAUGAACUAGGUGCGCCGUUACCUACGCAAACACCACAUGACACACGAUCAUUAUUUGGACUCCCCCCACAACCACAGAUACAACCUGGCGCAUCUAUUCAACACCAGACAAUUGCUCCAAUUCAAUCUAAACAGGUUAAAACAGAUGUGAUCGUAACCCCUUCACGGUUGAAGUAUGGAGUAACACAUCCUGAUGGCUCUGUCACAGAAGAAGCUUAUACCCUUGUGGCUUCUCGUGUUCAGCGUAUAGUGUCAUAUACAACCGAUUUCCUCCGCUUAAUGACAUCUUACAUCUUGUUUGAUAGAAACAGGAGGACAUUUGGGAUGCGGUCAAAACGUAUUCGGGAUAUCUGUUAUGCGGGUAUGCUUGAUAAAGAUUUGGUGGAUUCUUAUAAAGUUGUAGUCAAUAAAACAAAGCAAGUUGUCUAUCCUCAUAUAGAAGGAGUUUCUAAGGUAUUUUUCUACAAAGAGGAGGAACAGAUUUUAUUUAGUGAUGUGUUACGAGAAGCGGGUCAUUACGUGGCUGGUUCAUGUGGACGUGAUCCUUUUAUAUUUAGAAUUUCAAGAUUAAAAAAUCCUGAUAUACAUGUAGGGAAUAAACUGAUACCAGGUCAGGCGUGUCCAUUUGGUCCACCAUAUCGCCAAGAUUACUACAGUGUUGUUCGCUGUAUUAAUGCAGCAUGUCCACAAGGUUAUAGCUGUAACACACAUUAUGACGUGUGCUGUCCUGACAUGCCAGUGUCUACAAAUUGCUAUUCGUUUUCCAUUGGUCAAAUUUGUGUGAUGUAUACGCCAGGCAGGAGGAUAGUAGAUUAAAGGAUAACAGGGAAAAAUUCAUACAAUAAAUUGAAUGAAUUAAAAUAUUAGCAGUUUAGAUAAUUCUGGGUGUGCGGUAUUAAACGAUCUCUAAGGGACUACUUUGACACUUUUGUGAUGCGGUAAACAUAAUCUUGUGUUAAAUUAUUUCUUUAUAAUUUGUUCAGUGCUCGUAUAUAUGUUAUGGACUAUGUGUUUACCUGUAAAAUUAGGUUUGUGUAGGAAUAAAUUAUGAAAAAAGUAUUACAAAAAUACCGAACUC